AGGGGUCCCGCGCUGGCCCUUCCUUUGCGUGCAUUGUUGGCCGCCGUUCUGGGCGUGGUGCGGCGACGGGUUCGGGGGUAGAUUCACGGCUCGGCCUCACACAUAUAGUCACACUCGGUCCUCUGUCCACCUGGAAGCUCGCCUUCUCUCGCUCCGACUCUUUGGCCUGACUCUCGUUGUCUCCCACCCGCCGUCUUUGACAUUUCACCUCAAUCACUUUGGCACUCACAGUGGGCACCCACUUUGGCACAUCGCGAAACGCAGACGGCUGCCGACGCAGCAGUUCCCACCAUGCCCGAUAUUUCCCGCGCCCACGGCCACCAUGGCGACGCGCACGAGGAAAAGGGCGUCGGCCACACCGAGCAGAUUGAGUCCAAGACGGAGCUCGAGGCCAGGGUCCGCAACCCGCUCGCGGGCAUCCCCCGCGACCAGCUGAUGCGCGACGUCGACGCGUUUGCCGUCGCCAACAACCUCCAGGAGCACAUCCAGGUCCUCCGCAAGGGCGCGCUCGUCGCGCAGAACCCCAACGAGGUCGAGUCCAUUGACGGCCCCGAGCGGCUGACCAGCGAGGAGCUCGCGUGCCUCGAGAGGGAGAGGACGCACAAGUGGCACAUGCCCAGGCGCCUCUUCCUCACCAUCGCCACCUGCUCCAUCGGCGCCGCCUGCCAGGGCUGGGACCAGACCGGCAGCAACGGCGCGACCAUUUUCUUCCCCGCCGCGUACGGCCUUGACGAGGCCAAGAGCGACCGCGACGCCAUCAUCGUCGGCCUCCUCAACGCCGGCCCGUACAUUGGCAGCGCUCUUAUCGGCUGCUGGCUGGCGGACCCCCUCAACAACCGUCUCGGCCGCCGCGGCGCCAUCUUCUUUGCCGGCAACUUUCUCAUCUGGCCCGUCAUCGGCUCCGCCUUCUGCCGUACCUGGCCCCAGCAAAUGGUCUGCCGUCUCCUCAUGGGUGUGGGCAUGGGCGCCAAGGCCUCGACCGUGCCCAUCUACGCCGCCGAGAACGCGCCCGCGGCCAUUCGCGGCGCUCUGGUCAUGUCGUGGCAAAUGUGGACGGCCUUUGGCAUCAUGAUGGGCACCGCCUUCAACCUGGCCGUCUACGCCGUCCCCCACAUCAACUGGCGCCUCAUGCUGGGCGCGCCGUUCCUGCCGGCCGUGCCCCUGCUGUCGCUCAUCUUCUUCUGCCCCGAGUCGCCCCGCUGGUACAUGAAAAAGGGCCGCUACUUUGACGCGUGGCAGUCGAUGAUGGUCCUGCGCCACCACCCGAUCCAGGUCGCCCGCGACAUCUACUACAUCAGCGCCCAGCUCGAGCUCGAGAAGCAAAUCGUCGGCCGCACCAACUACGCCACGCGCUUCGGCCAGCUCUUCACCAUUCCGCGCGUGCGCCGCGCCAACCUGGCCGCCUUCACCGUCAUGAUUGCGCAGCAGAUGUGCGGCAUCAACAUCAUUGCCUUUUACUCGACGAGCAUCUUUACGCAGUCGGGCCUCGACGCGCGCAAGGCCAUGAUAGGCUCCUUUGGCUUUGGCGUCGUCAACUGGCUCUUUGCCUUUCCUGCGUUUUGGACCAUUGACACGUUUGGCCGACGCAGCCUCCUCCUCUUUACGUUUCCGCAAAUGUUCUGGACCCUCCUCGCGGCGGGCCUCUGCACGCUGCUUCCGGCGGGCACCAAGGAGCACCCCAACGAGGUCCGGACGGGCCUCGUGUGCCUCUUUGUCUACCUGUUUGGCGCCUUCUACUCCCCCGGCGAAGGACCGGUCCCCUACACCUACAGCGCCGAGGUGUACCCCCUGUCUCACCGCGAGACGGGCAUGGGCUUUGCCGUCGCCAACUGCUUGUUUUGGGCCGCCGUUCUCGGAACCACGUUCCCCUUUUUGCUGCGGCAGCUCCAGACCGUCGGCGCGUUUGGCCUCUACGCCGGCUUCAACCUCGUCGCCUUUGUCAUGAUCCUCUUCUUCGUGCCCGAGACCAUGCAGCGCACCCUCGAGGAGCUCGACUGGGUCUUUGCCGUGCCGGUCCGCAAGUUCGCCGCCUACCAGAUCACCGACACCAUCCCCUGGUUCUUCAAGCGCUACGUCUUCUUCCAGCGCAACGCCGUGCUGCGCCCGCUGUACGACUUUGAGAAGAAGGCCGCCGCGAAUACGUCCUCGGACAGCGACACCGGCGUCAAGCGUCGCCGCUGAGGCACACGCGUCGGCUGGCAUCGUCCGGGGUUCAGG